GAAAUGACCAAAAACAAGAUGGCUAGCUCAGUUUUCGCUCUCAGUUCAUGGAAAGUGCUUUUCAAUGCAUAAAUAUAGUUUUUCUAGUGCUCCAAAAUAAACGGAAUAUAAAUAUACAUAAAAUUAAUUUGUUGUGUUAAGCAUAAACUAUUUGCUAUACGGAUUUUAACCAAUAGUUUGUGAUUUCAGUAAAGGAUAUCGUCAGCAAGAUUUUCUUGUUACUUUCGGGAUUGACUUUAAUAACAAUUAAUCAAUUAUUUUAUGUUAUGAAUCGCUAAAAUAAUUAAAAACAAAUAAUUAAAAAUCAUUAUGAAAGCGGCCAAUCCAAAAGAAAUGGUCGGUGGAUGUUGUGUUUGUUCAGAUGAGCGUGGUUGGCCAGAAAAUCCACUCGUAUAUUGUGAUGGUCAGAAUUGUACAGUAGCUGUACAUCAAGCUUGUUAUGGUAUAGUUACAGUGCCCACUGGGCCUUGGUAUUGUCGUAAAUGUGAAAGUCAUGAACGUCCUGCUCGUGUACGUUGCGAAUUGUGUCCAUCACGAAAUGGCGCCUUAAAGAAAACUGAUAAUCAGGGUUGGGCACAUGUCGUUUGUGCUUUGUAUAUACCGGAAGUACGUUUUGGUAAUGUAACUACCAUGGAACCCAUUAUAUUGCAACUUAUACCUCAGGAGCGCUAUACAAAAACAUGCUACAUUUGUCAAGAACUUGGCAAACCCGCUCGUGCUACGUUUGGAGCUUGCAUGCAGUGCAACAAAACUAAUUGUAAACAGCAAUUCCAUGUUACCUGCGCUCAAAGCUUAGGUCUAUUAUGCGAAGAAGCUGGCAAUUAUUUGGACAACGUAAAAUAUUGUGGUUAUUGUCAACAUCAUUACAGUAAAUUGAAAAUAGGCGACAAUAAAAAAGGCGGCAACGUUAAAACAAUACCACCAUAUAAACCAAUUACGCAUGAUAAUGAUUCAUCCUCGCCUGAAAAAGAAAUUGACGCAGAAGUUAAUGCUACAACAUCUUCUACGUCAACUACCAGCAUAAAAAUCACUACAAAUACAAAUACUUCAUCGGCAUCAAUUUCGACUAAACAACGUAAGACCACAACUAUUUCAAAUAAAUCUGGCUCGUCAUCAACUACAAAUAACACGGUUUCGGUAACAAAUAAUAAUGGCAAUAACCCUAACGGUAUGCAAAGUUUGCAUUCAACAACUAAUAAUAAUAAUUCUAAUACCAUGAGUAACAACAAUACCAACAAUAGUUCAACUAAUAAUACUGCUACAGCUACUGGAAAUCCGGUUGGCAGUAGUGUUGCCACCAAUUCCACUUCUAUUGUGCGCAGUUCAUCUAGCAGUUCGAGCAACUAUAAAGAGAAAGAUAAGCAUAGCAAAAAUCAAAGUAAAUUGUCAAAUUCAAGCAAGGACAAGGAUAGCGCAUCAGUAUCAUUAUCAACUCGUGAUUCGCGUGAUAAAUCAUCUAAAUCAUCAAAAAACAAAGAUGCAAAUAAUACUUCAAUGACUGCGACGGCUGUCACAACAGGUACAACUAAUUUGAAUUCCAAUGAACAGAAUAGUUCUGCAAAUACGUCUUCUUCUGCAACUGGUCAGAAUUCAAAUAUAAAUACAUUUGGAGUAACAUCUAGUGGCAGUGGCAGUAAUAACACAAAAGAUACUGCUAAAAUAUCAUCAAGUGCUGGUAAUACUUUCUCUAAUGAUAUACAACCAUCCAAUGCUUACACAACAAGUUAUGGUAGUAUCAGUAUGGAUGGAUCGAAUCAAUCAACUGCAAGUAGUGGUGCAAUACCGACUACUACAAAAAGUUCGAGCAGCAAUACAGCAGCAAAAAAGCGCAAGAGUGAUUCAAAAUUAAAUUCUCUUCAUGAUGAUAUCAAUAGUUCGUUUCGAGAUAUUAUAAAGGAUGUAAGUGUUACUUUAACACCAUUACAGCAAACGGACUUUGAAAAAGAAAUCGAAAAAAGUUCAAAAAGACAAAAAACUGAGUUAAGCCCACCCACACAUCAAAGUGGAAAUGCUGAUACAAGUAGUCAGGCCCCUAGUGCGGUGAUCAUACAAAAUUCAAGUUCAACAGCAUCAUCAACAACAACAGCAGCUACUGUUGGUGCGACAACUACGUCAGCUAAUUCAGCUACACAAUUAACAAAUAAGAAUUCCCCAAACGACAGCAAGACUGCAAUUAAUCUUAGUGGCAAUGUCACGUCAGCAGCAAAUACAAUCACAACAACGCACAAAACAGGAGGCUCAACAACAGUAUCAACAACAGCUAAAGAUCAUCAUCGUGAUGAGCGCUUUGCCGCAGUAUCAAAUACAACUCAUAGUACAACAACAUCACUGAAUCCAACUGGUGUGAACAGUAGUGGGAGUAAUUUGAGUGUUAGUAAUGCGCCCAGUUUAUAUGUUUCAGUGCCGCUUUCUACAGCUAAUGUACCUGGAAUUAAUUUACCAACACCAACAGGAGCGGGUAAUACAGAUCAUGGGUCAACUUCACAGUCAACGCGUACAGCUAGUCAUCAACAGCAAACCACAGGCAACAGUAAUACGCAUGGCAUUUCUGUAGCCGGUACUAAUUUGAGUACGUCUAGCAGUGGAACAGUGGAGCGGCAAUCACCACGUAUACAACAUCAGUCACCUAUUGUAUCUGAACAUGCUAGCAACUAUUCAAAUAGUACAAACUCCUUACCACCGUCGUCCUUCGCACAUGGGGUUAUCCAUCAAAGUGGCAAGUCACCUACACCCAAUAUAUCAGUUGCUGGUAAUUUAACCGCAACAACGACUGAAAGUGGUAAUCUCAAAAUAAGUUACGAAAAGCAAACAACAAGGGUGUCACAGUUACAGGAGCAAGAAUCAGCACCAGUUAGGAGAAGCAGUGGCAAACCUUUAAAUAAGAAACUAUUGCGCGCACAGCAAACGCUUUAUCAGCAACAGUUAGCUGCACAACAGCAGCAACAGCAUGUUGCAGGCUACCAGCAACAACAACGACGUUCACCCGAAAGUAAAACUAAUAAUAAAAAUAAUUCUAAUACCAAUACCAAUAGCAGUGCAAACAAUAAUCCUACUAAUAACUCUUCUACUAAUUCCUUAUCCAAUUCAUCCAAUAAUCCAAGCAAUUUACCAAAUUCCUCACAACAAGAUGUGAAUGUGAAUGAUGAUCUUAUAGAAAUUGUGCAAUUAAAUAACUCAAAUGGAAAAACUCCAAUUUCUGCUUCUUCCUCUUCUAAUUCUAAUGCCGCUAAUGCUACAACUACACAAAAUAACAACACUACUACAAAAACUACAACAACAUCAUCAAUAUUACCGAAUAUGACAACGAUAACAACUACAACCACCUCCUUUACUGCUGCAACAACAACAACGACUAUAUCACAAAAUAGAACACCCGAUAGUGGUAUAUAUUCCUCGUCAUCGUCACUGCAAAGUAAUAAUAAUAAUACCUCUGCGACUGCAGCAGGUGAACUGAAAUUCUGCUAUGAAGCACAACCAGGAACAACAAAUUUAUCUACGCCAACAACAGUUGACACAAAUUUACAACUAACAACUUUCAAAGAGUCCCCACCAAGCUCACCCGGAUCAGAGGCAGGUUCAGUACGUAAACGUGGUCGUAAAACAAAAGAUGUACCCAUCAGUAUUGGCAAUGACGAGAAGGAAUUUAGAAUAUUUCAAAAUGGUAACAUUGCUGCACGGACUACAUCUGACACUGUUGUGCCAGUUACCACUUCAUCUAAUUCCGCACCACAAUCAGCUGCUCAUAUGCUUGGAAAUCAAAUAAAUCCAAACAGCAGCGUAGCACAACGACUUUCUGAUCAACUACAUAUGGAAAUUCAGGAUCAUAGUGUCUAUACAUCAGACUUAGUAACAUCACAAUAUGUGGGUGUACCAUUCCCAGGAAAAGUACAACGUUUGAAUUCAACGGCUAUUUCGAACUCAUCGGGUACUUUAGCCAUUGGUGCUAGCAGUAAUCCAUUAUCAUCUAUGCUUAGUGGUAAUAUUAAUGGCAAUGCUAUACCACAAAGUUUAGAUCAGUUGCUGGAACGUCAGUGGGAACAAGGAUCUCAAUUUUUAAUGGAGCAAGCACAGCAUUUUGAUAUUGCUUCUCUGCUAUCUUGUCUGCAUCAAUUACAAACAGAAAAUGGACGUCUGGAGACGAAUUUAGCCAAUUUAAUAGCACGACGAGAUCAUUUAUUAGCAGUUAAUGCUCGGCUUACAAUACCAUUGAAUUCGAAUACAACACAGAGUCAAGGUGCUACGAAUUCAUCAGUCACAACAAGCAUUGCAACGGUUGCUUCCACAACUACAGGUACAACGAAUUCAGUAACAUCUUCAAUUGCAACAGCUGCUUCCCUAGCAAUAGCAGCAACAACUUCACUAUCUACAACAACUAAUUCAAGGCAAUCAUCUGUAGCUGCUACGCGCCAUAAUGCAAAUACAAAUGCACAACAGCAACAGCAACAACAACAACAUCACACAUCGACGCUACCUAAUAACAUGGAAAAUGGUAUUGAUUUUCGGCAAAUGUCUGCAGCUGCCUCAUCUACCUCCUCAACGCCAAUCUUACAACAAAGUGGAAAUGCUACUUCUGCAACAUCGCUUAGUUUAAGACAAUCCUCAUCCGUUCAUGUGAAUUAUAAUACCUCCUCAAUAACAACAACAGCUAAUAGCUUAUCAUCAACACAUAAUCCCAACAACAGCAACAUCCAUAAUAAUAAUUCAGGUCAAGCAAUGCCAACAAUGCCACCAAUAACAGCAAAUGCAAAUAAUCGCUUAGCACAACAACAACAACAGCAACAACAUCAUCAACAACAACAGCAGCAACAGCAACAACAACAACAGCAAUCGUUGCAAUCACAUCAUAAUCAGCAACAACCGCCACAUCAUCAUACAACAGCUGCUUCUUCCUCAUCCAUGCAACAACAACACGCACAAUCAGCAAUGCAUCAUCAUCAUCAACAACAACUAUCGCAGCACCAACAUCCCACGCACUGUCAGCAGUCUUCUGCAGCUGCACAUACACAUGCAGUACAUGCAGCACAUUCUCAUGCACAUAUAACGCAUAACGCACAGCAUGCACAGCAUCAUGAUGUACAGCACCAUUCAAUGACUGCAGGUUCAGUGCGCGUUGGUGGUGGCAUUUCUUCACUAUCCGGUGUACCUGGACGAGGUGGGUCAACGUUAUCAACAAUCAGUCUUGGUGGUGGAAAUGUUAGUGGUACCGCAUAUCAAUCGCUCUAUACUCAUCAUCAGCCCCAUCUAAGACGCGACGAUAACCUAGCAAAGCCCAGCUGAAAAUCGUUCCGUGAUAAUCAACAUUCUAAACAACAAAAAAAU